GAAAAGGAGGCGAGAUGAUUGCGAAAAGUAGCCAAAUUCUCUUCUACUGUGAUUCGUUGGCGCUGGCGCUGGGUGGCUUUUGGACUUUGGAACUCUGACUCACACUCUGAACCUUUCGCAGUCACACAAACAGAGAGAGAAGAGAGCGGGGAUGGGGAGUGUUGCGCUUCCAUUUGUGGGCAUGAUGAUGGCACAGUGUGCACAGGUUGGGCUUAUGAUAGUGGGCAAAGAAGCCAUGACAAGGGGAAUGAGCAACCUGGUCUUCAUCUUCUACUCCAACGCCUUUGCCUCCCUCAUCCUCCUCCCCACUUCCUUUCUCUUCCACAGAUCAACAGAGCGCCCUCCGCUCUCUUUCUCCAUUCUCUCUGGAUUCUUCGUGCUCGGCCUACUUGGUUUUGUUGUGCAGAUUCUAGGGUAUCUUGGGAUUUUGUACAGCUCGCCUACGCUUGGAACGGCCAUGCUCAACCUUAUCCCGGGUUUUACCUUUAUCCUGGCCGUUAUUUUUGGGAUGGAGAAACUAGAUUGGAAAAGCUCCAGUAGCCUAGCUAAAUCCAUGGGAACCAUGGUGUCAAUUGCAGGGGCAUUGAUUGUGACUUUAUACAAGGGUCUUCCACUUUUAAUGCCACCGUCACCUACAAACUCAUCUCAUCAACUUUUCGGGCAAAUGUCGAACUGGGUCAUUGGAGGAUUGCUCCUUGCAGUUAAUUCUGUUCUGAGUUCAGCAUGGCUUUUUGUGCAGGCACUGAUGCUGAAGAAAUACCCAGCAGAGCUUGUUGUAGUCUUUUACUACUGCUUCUUUGUGGCCAUUCAAUCUGCAGUGGUCUGUUUGGUAGUGGAAAGAGAUUUAAGUUCUUGGAGCUUACAAUCUAAUGAGAGGUUGAUUGCUGUUCUAUAUUCGGCAGUGUUUGGUUCUGCAUUCCAAGUUGGCAUUUCAGCAUGGUGCCUGCACAAGACAGGGCCUGUUUUUGUUUCUAUGUUCAAGCCUCUGGGGAUCGUUAUUUCAGUUGUUGUGGGUGUGAUCUUAUUGAGAGAUACUUUCUAUCUUGGAAGUUUGAUUGGAGCAAUUGUGAUUAUCAUUGGAUUUUAUUCAGUCAUGUGGGGAAAAGCCAAAGAAAAGAAGAUGGGUGAGAAAGCUGGGGUAAGGAGCUUGGAGUCAAGCGGAGAAAAGGUCCCCCUCUUGCAAAACAGUACUGAAGAAAUGUAGACGCUUUGUACAUCAAAUAAAAGCAAAAGGUCUCUCUUGCCAACCAAAAUGGGUUAGGUUCACUGGAGUUUACGUCGCCCUUAGUUAUGCAGGAAACCCUGGGGCCUAUGAACAGCCACCUUUUUGACAGUUUAAUACCAGAAAACUUAAAACUGCUUUCAACCAUCAACUAUGGAGGAGUGAUAACUGUGGUUCGAUUUAGAUGACCGGCAUGUUGCUUCUAUUUCUGAUACAAGAUAAUAAUUCUAAAUACAGUCAGAUGCAAAUAUAUGGUUUAAAUGCACAUAGCUGCAUACUUAAAGUGUAGAAGUGCAUCUCUGGGGAAGCAUAUUGUUGCCCCUUGCAACCACUACAAGCCAAUGCUUCAUUUAUUUAUUUAAUUUAACUUCAAAUAGUGGCCUAGAGACAAUAUGUCUCGCAUUAUCCGGCUUCUCUGUGAAUGAGGAGGCCACUUAAAUACUUGACUUUUAUCUUUUCAAACUACUGAAAUUUAGACCAAAAAAGGAAAAAGAAAAGACCUACUGAUAUUUUUUAUGGUAUAAUUAGUCGUAUUCUACUAAUUAUUUUUCCCAUGUCAAUGCAUUGAUGAAAAAUUCUGAUUUAGACCCCAAGUUGUUAAACACAAGAUUACCAAACCAAUUGUUAAGCCAAUUACUACAGUUAUCAAUACUAAAAUCACAAGAAGCUUAAAAGAAAAACAACAGAAAGAUUUCAGUAAUGAAGUUGAAAUUUUUCGUAGAAUUCUUCAAAAGUAAAACCAGUCUAAGGCCCAGCCGAUCCCAAAGGCAUCCACUGUAGAAGACUCGUGUUAUAAAUUGUACAUACAAAACUUUUCUAACUUCAAAGACUCAAUAUGUAACCCCCUAAAAUGACAUAUUCACCUUCCACUAUAGUGGCUUUAGAAUCUCAGUCUUCUUCUACAUGAAUUAAUAUCCUUCAUGAACGAACCUUGUCUACUUCAAUCCAGAACUUUUGUGGUUUUUAGGCUAUAAGGUUUAAAACAGUCUGCCACAAUCUCAUUCGAACACAAGCUAGAGUUUCACAAUUUUCAUGUAGCGGUAUUUGAAUGGGGUGCGAUCAAGUCUCUUGGAUCUGACUUGAUGCACAUUCCGAUCGAACGUUGUGCCUUGACUGCGAUCACCAUUGCGUUUGGGGCAUUUUGUGAGUCUUCUAACUUAGCCUCAUUCGAACUAGAUGCGAUCGCUAGUGCGACUAGCGAUCAAGCCUUUUUGGAACUUGAAAAUGAAUGUCUUGAAAUCUUGGUUCAAACGGCUUGCGAUCAUGAUUGCGAUCGAGGUAUUUUGGAACUUGUGCUUGAAGUGCCUUUCAUGUUCUCGUUCGAACGCCUUUCGAAUGGGCUUGCAAUAGAGCUCUUAUGAUCUACAAUUUCAACCAAUUUUUGAAUCUCAUCUUAAGAUUGACUUAUACUGUAAACCUAAACUUACACCACAAGAAGUUUUGACAUUGAAUUUGCCAACAACCUAACACGAUGCUUAGCUUUUAUUUUUUUAAUGAGUUCCCUAAAGUCAUUACAUUGAUGUUUUGUUUGAUAGUUUGUGUAAAAUAUUAUAUAAGAUCUAUUAUUAUUUCCAUAAAUAUCGUUUAGCCCAAACCUGAAGGGAGGAAGAAGUCUAUAUAUGGAACCUAUGUAAUGGCCAGUAACAGUUUGUUUUCAAUGCAAUGUGGGGUCAAAUACAUGGGAGGCACGACUGUAGACCUCAGCAUCAUGAUCUGAAAGUUGAGUUUGUAGAGUCAAAACCAUUUCUAUUUCCACAUCUUAUGAUAACUGCUACUCACCUUACAAUGCCAACGGUUGAUGUGCUUGCUUCUUCUUCCCAUUUAGAAAUUAUCUGGAAACAUGUAAAACCACGUGAGAAUUACAUGCAUUUUAGACACUUCAAUUUAAUAGACAGAGGCCUUAUCUA